ACUAAUCAAAUUGAGCUCACGUUCAUACGUAAUGCAGCGCUGUAAGGGUUACUGAGGCGCUGGAGCAUCAUCAUCAUCAUCCUCCUCCCAUGGGCUGUGUCGUCUGACUGUCACAAGAUGCAACAGAUCUUUUCCAACAAACUGAUGAUACCAUCUCAUCCCUCGGCAACAGACGUUUUGGCCUGAUGUUGACGUGCAGUCAAAGUUAACAUCGCAGACGCUCUUCGGCAAGGUUACGGUUUUAUUUUAAACUCACACGUUGUGGUUAAGGAAUAAUGCGCGCACAGGUGACUAGUACUAAUUCAACGACAAGGUGACUAGAGUUUUGAAAGAGAUGAAAUGGAGAGUCGUUUUUAGAUUAGUUUGACUUUUAAUCUAGUCUGUUUUUCUUUGUAAAUAUAAUGAGAAAGCGUUUCACUCGGUCCUGAAACGCGGAUGGUUUGCUCGUGUUUUGGUGUUUACUAUCGUGUGAAAGUGCCUAUGAAUGAGGAACAACGCAAGCAUCCACCCAUAGACUGAGAAUCAAGAAGAGUUUCUCCGUUAACAGGUGGUUCCUCGCGCGUCUGACGGUCAUGUUGACGGCGGAAACUCUCUACAGUUGUUCGACUUUCGUAACUGACGACAGCUGCGCAGGUUUAGAAAGCCAAGAGAGUUACUAGGUGAAAGCCUCUCUAUCUAAAUCUAUGAUCAGCUCGGUGUGUGUUUCGUCGUACCGCGGGCGCAAGUCAGGCAACAAACCUCCUUCCAAAUCAUGUCUGAAGGAAGAGAUGGCCAGAGGCGAACACUCGGAGAAAAUCAUCAUCAACGUCGGCGGUACUCGCCACGAAACCUACAGGAGCACCCUUAGGACCAUACCAGGCACGAGACUCGCCUGGCUCGCCGAAACGGACCAGCAGGUGAACCCGGACGCAGACACGGGACAGACGCCCUCCUCCGCCAGCGAAUUCUUUUUUGACCGACACCCGGGCAUUUUCGGCUAUGUGCUCAAUUACUACAGGACUGGCAAGCUCCACUGCCCGGCGGAUGUGUGCGGCCCUCUGUUCGAGGAGGAGUUGGCAUUUUGGGGCAUCGAUGAGACUGACGUGGAGCCCUGUUGCUGGAUGACCUACCGCCAGCACAGGGACGCAGAAGAGGCGCUUGAGAUUUUCGAACCGCCUGAUCCGGAGGAUGCAGAGGACGACCAGGACAUGCCCAGACGCUUCGGCAUCGAGGACAGCCCUGGCCGCUCCAGGGGAUGCUGUGAAGUUUGGCAACCAAAAUUAUGGGCGCUUUUUGAAGAUCCGUAUUCUUCGCGUGCAGCCCGGAUAAUUGCCUUUGUCUCCCUGUUUUUCAUCCUGGUGUCCAUCACUAACUUCUGCCUGGAAACCCAUGAGGUCUUCAAUGAACUUCAUAAUGUCACAAAUCCAAAUGCUGAAAGCACCAUGACCCCCGUCGCCCCGAGGAUGGAGAUGGAGCCCAAACCAGUGCUCACAUUGGUGGAGGGAAUCUGCGUGGUGUGGUUUACCUUCGAGUUUUUGGUCCGCAUCAUAUGUUGCCCGAACAAGCUUCUCUUCAUCAAGAAUCAGCUAAACAUCAUUGACUUUGUUGCCAUCCUGCCCUACUAUCUUGAGAUGAGUUUGACCGGCGUCAAAUCCGAAGCUGCCAAGGACGUCCUGGGCUUUUUGCGCGUGGUCCGUUUUGUGCGCAUCCUACGGAUCUUUAAGCUCACUCGACACUUUGUGGGUCUCAGGGUUCUCGGCCACACCUUGCGGGCGAGUGUGAAUGAGUUUUGUCUGCUCAUCAUCUUUCUGGCCCUCGGGGUGCUAAUCUUCGCCACCAUGAUCUACUACGCUGAACGAAUUAGCGCAGAUCCCCAUGACCCUAGUGGCUGCAACCACACGCAUUUCAAGAACAUUCCCAUUGGCUUCUGGUGGGCGGUGAUAACAAUGACGACAGUAGGUUAUGGGGACAUGUACCCUAAAACGUGGCUGGGCAUGAUGGUGGGUGCGUUAUGCGCAUUAGCAGGUGUGCUUACCAUUGCCAUGCCAGUGCCCAUUAUUGUUAACAAUUUUGGGAUGUACUACUCACUGGCUAUGGCCAAGCAGAAAUUGCCCAAAAAGAAGAAGAAGCACAAUCCAAACCCACACAUGGUGCUGAACUCUGCCUCAUUUGGGAAGUCUGAAAGCAACUCACCAAGGAACAGCACACAAAGCGACACAUGCCCCCUUGCUGGUGAAGAGAACCUUGGAAGAAACCGCUCAGAUUCAAAGCAGAAUGGCGAUGCUACCGUAACUCUUUCUGAAGAGGAGAGCUGCAGUCUGACCCAGCCACUUUCUCCUGGCGAGAGGUGGACCCUACGAUGCUCACGCAACAGAGACAAGACCAUGAAAGAGGCAACCUGCUUCCUGCUAAAUUCUGGAGACUUUUCUUGUGGAGCUGAACCCGCCAUCCACACAGAGAGCUGUAAAGAUGCGCUUACAUCCCCAGGAAACUACACUCAAGCAGAAGUCACUACCCUGACCUGAGGGGGGUUUGUCCUGAUGGGACACCAGCUCACCAGUCUUUCAUCUUCUCAUCAGUCAUGCAUCGUCUUUCUCAGUCAAGAAUAUGAAACAUUUCUAGUCAAAUCAUCAUGUACGUCUGUCCGUUUUCAAGCUGCCAGGCAUGCAUUUGCAUGAUAGAGCAUAAGUACUUUUGGUCAUAUGUAACUUUAAUGUACUUUUAUAUUUAGGACACAUGAAAUCUUAAAGUAACUCUUAAAAAUAUUAAUGACGUCGCUGAGGUCCUCAUUAAAUCAAAGUAGGAUCAUUUUGAAGCCAUUUAAAUGCUAGUGCAAUCUGAAAAGUUGGGAAAAUAAUUUUAAUGUUAUUUUUAGAGACUUUUAAAAGGACAAACCCUUUAAUAUCUCCUUCCCUAACUUGCUGUUUUAUUAAGGAAAUUCAUCAAAUCUGCCUUUGUUUGAUCAAAAACACAGUAAAAAUAUAGAAAUUGUGUUUUAUAUUUUAAUAUAUUUUAUUCCUGUGGUGGAAAAGCUGAAUUUUGCUGAAGCGAAAACCAUGAUACCUUUUUUCCUCAGGAUUCUUUGAUGAAUAGAAAGUUCAUAACAGCUUUUAUUUGAAAUUUUUCUAACAUUUUACGAUAAUUGUCUAUACUGUAACUUUUGAUCAAUUAAAUGUGCCCUUGAUGAAUAAAAGUAUUAAUUUCUUUAAAAUAAAAAACGUACAGACUCCAAACUUCUGAACAGCAGUGCACAUCAGGAUAUAUAAAGCAUUUCUCCUCCCUUGAUUCUCAACUUGUCUUUAUUUGGACAAAAGCAGAAAGCGGUCUGCGUCUGUACAGUAUCGUUCCAGAGAUCACAGGCCAAUGAACACAACUGUAAAAAUGGCUCAUUUAUCACUGUACAAAGAACCGCUGAACAACAAACAGUUUUCCAAAAGCAUUUAAUGCAAAAUAUCAAAAAGUUUUUCUUAUAAAGAAAUACAUUUUUUUAAAAAGCAGCUUUAUUAAAGAGCAGCUGCAUGCUCUCCCAACCUUCGUUUUCUGUAACCAAACUACAUAAAGUCCUACAUUUUUAAAACAUCAGCCAUUAAUAUUCAUAACUUCGCUGGUUGAGAUGGGACCAAACUCAGAAAACUGUAUGUUCCGCAAUGUUAGUUCACUGUAAUCUAACCUUCUUUUGCAAGUACACCUGUCCAAGUUGUGCCUACUGUCUUGUAAUACUAAUAAUACUAAUUAAUUAUAAUAAUAAUAAUAUAAAAAACAACAACAACAGUGAAAUGCUGUUAAGAGAGGCUCAUAUCGUUGAGAUGUCAGUUAUGUUUGCACACACACACACACACGCAAAUUUAUGUGUGAGAUUUUUUCCUGGUUUGUUGUCUGCCAUAGUUGCCUUAUGUUUCAUAACAACAGAGUUCAAGUGCAACACCAUGCUAUUUAGAUCAGAAAAUGUAAAUAUGUAGCAGAGUAUCACUAUCUAGCCAGAAGAUGCAUUCACUGUCUAGUUAUACAGAUUGUUUUCAUAAUGGUCCAGCAGUAUCUGCCUUUAGCCAGUAACCUUGAGUAUGUUUGUGUGUUUCAGGGAUGACGUAACAUGCUAAAAAUGAGGCUCUUAUACUAAUAUAUGAUAAGGUAUACUCUAAAAAAGGUACAAAAGCUGUCACUAAGGCGAUACCUUUAAAAAAGGUACACUUUUGUACUCUAUUUACCCUUAAAGAGUCAUCAAAAUAUCUUAAAAGUACCAUAAUAGUGGCUAAUUAUGGUAUAUUUUAGUACCUUUUAAAAUCGUACUGCCUCUGUGACACUUUUGUAUCCUUAUUUCUGAGAGUGUACAGAACAUGUACAAUGUUAUAUGUCUAAAGCAGCUCAUAUCUUGUAUUUUGUAGGCAUGUGUGUCUAUGCAUUUCUGCUGGAAUACAAAUAAAAUCUAAAUAUUGAA